AUCAUCAGAUAAGAAGAAACCCCACAGAGCAUUUCCCCCGUGGCCUCCUCAUAACAUCAGUCCAUUACCUCCUUAUCAGCCCGGCUCCCCCCACAAGCUUCAUUAGUCACAAACGUUCCAUCCAUGGAAGAUAAACAUGGAGAAGAUGGUGUUUAAAGCAAAACUCGUGGCUUUAUUAUCGCUAGAAGGAGGCUGGAAACACGUGAUGACCAUGAUUACACUCACCUGCUGCUUCAGGCCUUCAGAUGCAACACAAAGAGAUGUUUAGGCCUUUGCAGCAUCGUGUCAUGUGGAGGUGGAGGUGUGGGCGUCUCUACUGCGACCGCUGUGUGCGCAACCAGGACGGAGAUGAGAAGGAUGGACGGACAGGCGGACCUCCUGCACGUGAGCCAGAGAAUCAGUGUUUCCUGCACCCCACCCCCUCCCUGUGCCACCUCCCUAGAAACACGCCUGACUGAAGGUUGUCUCCCACAUUCUUCACUAACUUCCACAGCAGCUCAGAGUUUCAGUUUUUCUGAAACCCUGGAAACAUCCCUGUGGCGCCAAAACAGCAAAAACACACAACGGCCUCAUUGUCACGGCUCCAGUUCAUCAUGUGAAACUGGUGAAGCGCUGCUUUCAGCAGAGAUGCGUGUUUCUUUCCCACAGACACACAGGUCCUGAAGCCUCCGAGGAUUCAAGCGCCUGGGGCAGAUUUGUGCAUUUUGCCUGCUUGGUAAUCUAGCCUUAUAAAUGUAAUUAGAUUACCACGGAGCAGAUGACCCUGCAGCAGGAAACCUGCAGCUUCCAGGCAGCUGCCCAGAUGUGCUCCUGCUUACGGCAAAGCCUCAGAGAUGAGAGGGUGUUUGUUUUUUUUAAGUGAUUUCAAACAUUUUGAGGUACUUGAGUGUUUUCAAGGUAAAUUAUUAUCUUUAAAAGUAAUUUAUUUAUUUCUAAAUACACUGAAACUAUCAUCAGAUUGUGAAAAAAAAUCGCUUUGAGUUUGUCUUAAAAAAUCGACUGAAAACUUCUCUGGAAAGCAAACUAGGACCUUGCAGCGCUGUGGUGUAAUACCACUUUGUACCACAGGGUGGCGCACACAGUGAGUCAGAGUGACUUAUUUAACCAGGUCAGUCUUAUUUACACGCGCGGACUGGGGAAGAGCUUUGAGGAGAUGUAGGAUGUAACUUUUGUAACAUCAAAGGUUAAACAGCAGCAUUCAUGAGACACGUGGAGCGGCACCACACCGCCCCCUGCUGCUGGGAGUUACAGCUGCAGUUUGCAGCGCGGGGUCACAAAAAGCAUCUUUAAAGGGUGCUGCUGCGUGCGCAGGGGGGCAGUGUUUAGUCACUAAUUGGCUCCUUCAUGUGGAGCAGAGGGGCGGCCGCUGAUUGGUCGCCAGUGAAACAUCUGUAUCCAUACUUCCACUUGCGCGUGUCUCCGGCCAGAAAGCUGCCGCUGCGUGGGACAGCGGUGGUUGUGGUGUUUAGCCUGUGACGUUCCCAGCCGCACGUGCUGCCAGGUGUCCACAGCAUUCCCGGUUCUCUGAGAGGGGGACGCUCGGGGGUGGCCGUACAGAUUCCGGUUUCCGUGUCAGGGCAGCGGGAUGGAGGCGCAGCCGGUACCGGCUCGUUCUAGUCUUCAGCCGUGAGGACGCGCGUGAAGCCCCGCCCCCCUCCGCCGGCAGCUCCAGGUAUGCAGACCGCAGACACAAAGGCAGCCGCCGCACGUCGUUUCCGUUUGUGAGGUGACCGCCCGCCGCCGGCUCAGCCUGUGGAGGCUGCAGGCGAACCCGCUCACGGGCACGCGCUCAGAUGGACCGUCGAUAAGUUUGGGGUCGGAUCGGAUGCUGGUUGCGUCACGAGUACGGAGCGCCGAACCGUUAGCCGACACCGGCGAUGCGCGCGGUGAUUUCUCUGCCGUGAUAAGAGUCAGCUGACCGGAGCCCCGCGGCCGCACGCACGCGCCUCCAUGCAGAGCCUUUGCAGGGUGAAGAUGCAGCUGCGCACCGUGCUGGACGUCAAGGUGGUGGACGUGGAGAAGAGGCGCAGUCCGUCCAAGCACUACGUGUAUCUCAUCAAUGUCACCUACUCGGACAACACCUCCCACAUCAUCUACAGAAGAUACAGCAAAUUCUUUGACCUACAGAUGCAGAUACUCGACAAGUUCCCAAUUGAGGGAGGGCAAAAAGACCCGAAGAAGAGGAUCAUCCCAUUUCUCCCAGGCAAAAUCCUGUUCCGGAGGAGUCAUGUGCGAGACGUGGCCAUGAAGCGGCUGCGUUUCAUCGAUGACUACUGCAGGGCGCUGGUGCGACUCCCUCCUCAGAUUUCUCAGAGCGAAGAGGUGCUGCGCUUCUUCGAGACGAAGGCUGAGGACGUCAACCCCCCCGUGGAGGACUAUGGCUCCAAGCGCAAGUCGGUGUGGAUGUACGGCUUUACAGACAGCCCGAGGAAAGAGGCCUCAGGGAUUGACAGCUCGGAGCCCAUGGUGCUGGAGCAGUACGUAGCCGUGGCCAACUACGAGCGGCAGGAGAACUCUGAGAUCAGCCUGAAGGCCGGCGAGACGGUGGACGUGAUCGAGAAGAGCGAAAGCGGUUGGUGGUUCGUCAGCACAGCGGAGGAGCAGGGCUGGGUCCCGGCCACAUACCUCGACUCGCAAAAUGGAACCAGAGACGAUUUGGAUCUGGGAACAUCCAGGACCGUCGAAGUUACUAAGAGACGCAAAGCCCACCUGAAGAGGCUGGACCGCCGCUGGACCCUCGGCGGUAUAGUUAACCGCCAGCAGAGCAGAGAGGAGAAAUAUGUGACGAUCCAGCCGUACGCCAGCCAAGGAAAAGACGAGGUGAGCUUUGAGAAAGGGGUCACCGUGGAGGUCAUCCAAAAGAACCUGGAGGGCUGGUGGUACAUCAGGUAUUUAGGGAAAGAGGGCUGGGCCCCGGCCUCCUACUUGAAGAAGAUUAAAGAGGAUUUCUCCCCACGGAAGAAGACGCUGACGGGCCCCGUGGAGAUCAUCGGAAACAUCAUGGAGAUCAGCAACCUGCUGCAAAAGAAGUCUGUUAGCGAGAAGGACAUCCAGACAGACGGAGAGGGCGGAACCACGCCGGAACGCCACUUCUCCAAGAGCGAGAUCAGCCUGCCGAUGCCCUCCGAAAUCAACGCCGCGACAGGCCGCAGGCUGAGCGCGGGCCGGGACACCAACAGCCCGUGUCUCGGAAUAGCGGCGAGCGCCGCCCUGAAUGAGAAUAAAGCGAGAGGCGAGCCGGGCUCCCCGGCUGUUGCAAGAGUGGCACCGCACAGAGUGGAAAUCGGAUUCGGCGCCGUAGGGUCUCCUAAUCUGCGGCAAAAACCUCCCCCCAGAAGAGACACCAACUUGGGCUUCCAGUUACCCAAGCCACCAGAGCCCCCUGCUGUGGAAGCAGAGUAUUACACUAUAGCAGAUUUCCAGUCCUCGAUCUCUGAUGGCAUCAGUUUCCGUGGAGGACAAAAGGCUGAUGUAAUAGAGAAGAAUCCUGGAGGCUGGUGGUACGUGCAGAUUGGGGAGAUGGAGGGCUGGGCCCCCUGCUCCUACAUCGACAAGCGCAAAAAGCCCAACCUCAGUCGUAGGUCCAGCACACUGACCCGCCCCAAAGUCCCUCCUCCAGCUCCACCUGUCAAAAAACAAGAAUCUGAGGAGGCUCCGCCUUCUGCUAACUCUUCCUCCAAAACCACAGAGGUGCCUAGCAGGGCUGUGUACGAAGAACCUGAAUAUGAUAUUCCUGCAGUCGGAUGCGAAGGUGAGCCUGAACCGGAUCCCCUGAAGGACGAGCGUUCCCGCGAUGUGAAGAUCAACAGUGUGGUCAGCGACAAGUACAGCAGCUCCCCUCCGUCCUGCAAGGCCUCACCUCCUGUCUGCAAGGCCUCACCUCCUUCCUGCAAAGCCUCCCCUCCUUCCUGCAAAGCCUCCCCUCCUUCCUGCAAGGCGUCCCCUCCUGUCUGCAAGGCGUCUCCAGUUUUCGCCCAUCGAAGAACCUCCUUCAGGUCUGUAGAGGAGGUUGCUAAGGAGGAGUGUAUCUAUGAGAAUGAUGGCUUCAGGCCGAGCGGCGGUGUUGAAAGAACCCUGACUAAAGGUUCCAGUGAGCCUAACUCCCCACGGAGCUACCAUUCCUCCACAGUCCCAAGAAAACCCUCCGGAUCUUCGCCUCUACCUGGCAGGCCCAUGAAAACCAUGACACCAGAGAUGAGUCGGAGAAGCCAGACUCUGGGCAGACACAUAGAUAUCAGCUUCAGAUCCCAGGAUAACAGCCCUCACUCGUCAUCAGAUGAAUUGAGCAGAGGCUCCAAGAAAGGCCCUGUCUUCAACCAGGAGGUGGAGCAGAGAAUAGGCCAGAGCCCCUCCACCAGGCCCAAGCCUUCCGUCAGACCUAAGCCCCUUUUGACCAAAUCAGAGCCCCAGAGUCCAGAGAGGAUGGACAUCACCUCUCUGAGACGACAGCUGAGGCCUACGAGUCAGUUUAGACAUAGCCUCAAACCUUCUCGCGGGGAGGACUCUGAAACAGCUUCUGUUAUAUCAUCAGAGGACUCGGUGUGUUCACGCAGUACCUCAGAUCUCUCCUCUGUUUACUCCAAAGGAAGCCGUGGUGACUCCGAUGUGGAGGGCCCCAAUCUCUACCGCUCCGUGGACGCCUAUAAGAAAGUCCAGGACUCUGAGAUCAGUUUUCCAGCUGGGGCUGAGGUCGAGGUUUUGGAGAAACAGGAGAGUGGUUGGUGGUACAUCCGUUGGAGCGCCGAAGAAGGCUGGGCUCCCUCAUACUACCUGGAACCUGUCAGACAAAUGGGCGACGGUGGUGGCUUAGACGGACACGGGAGUGGUGGGAGUAAGUCCAACAGCCUGGAGAAGAAUGAGCAGCAUGUUUUGGCCCUCAAUAACAUUAAUAUUCAGGGCCUGACGCAGCAGCAUCAAGGCUUGAGGAGGAACUCCCCACCGAUUCCUUCCAAGCCUCCCGGCGGCUUCUCGAAGCCAUCUGGGAUGGUUAAUGGAGGCGUGAGGAUGAGGAACGGGGUACGCCAGGUGGCGGUGAGGCCUCAGUCUGUAUUUGUCACCACUACGCAGCCAGCCAAGGACACGCACUACACAACAGGGUCCUUGAGAAGGAACGAGUCGCUGGGCAGGAGCGAUCACUAUGGUUCUGGUUCUGCCACUCUUGGAGUUCGCCGAAAUGCCUCAUUCAGCACCGUGCGGCCACACGUAGUUGUUGAAAGCCAAACGAGGCCUGCCGAACGCUCCAGUCUGUCUUCGGGGAGCGCGUUCAGCACAAGCAAUGUCCAAGACGCCCUGAGCAGAGUUAACCAACGCAACGGUAUCCCCGUGUCCACGGUCAGACCCAAGCCCUUGGAGAAGAGCCAGCUGAUCCACAACAACCUUGGCAGGGAUGUGUAUGUGUCCAUUGCCGAUUACCGUGGCGACGAGGAGACCAUGGGGUUCACAGAGGGAACCUGUCUGGAGGUGUUGGAGAGAAACCCCAAUGGGUGGUGGUACUGCCAGGUGCAGGACAGCCUGGUUCCCCGCAAAGGCUGGGUCCCUUCUAACUACCUUGAGCGGAAAAAAUAAAGGCAAGCCUACAUUCGUAGCCACGCCCACCCCCAGCCCCCAUUCCCCGCUCUAGGCCCAUGGGCGGCGGCAUCACUCCUUGAGAAUGUUACCCGCAAUCUCCCUUAAGCAAUAUGUCCUUGAAAAUUGACAUAAGGUCAGACUGUGUAAGGAGAAAGAUGUUUUAAUCUGAUAAAAAAGGACACUUUUAGUGCUGGUUUACUAAAAUUUAUACGAAAGGAGUGGGAAGAUUUUCAAUAUUUUACCUGGAAGCAGAGACAGGAACAUGGAAUUGGCCACGCUGGUUGAGGAAGUUCGAGGUGGAUGCUGUGUCUGACAUGUAAACUGGUCUAACUGGGAGCGAUGACCUCUUAAAGAGGUUUGUGUCAUGUAACACAGAAGCGGAGAAGAGUAGUGGCUACGCUCAUCCUGCCCAUCACUGACUACGAUGGCCAAUAAGUGCCUUUUGUAUUUGGUCACCUGGACGAAGGUUCUAAAUGGUGGAUGGCAAACCAGUAAAUCAACCAAAUCUUUACAGAGUGCCAUAGUCCUAUGAACACCACCGAGAGCGUUUCUAUACAAAGUUACGAGUUCGAAGCGCAAAGUUUGGAUUUAGACGUCUUCAGUUCGAUAAAGAAAGAAAAGCACGAGUGAAGGGACUCAAGUUCCCAGAGGAUUUAUUUGUUUUAAGCCACAAAGUCAUCAAACAAAGACGAUAGUUGAAUCUCAUCAUCACAACUUCUCUUUAGUUUGUUUCUGUUAACGUGUCUCGUGCUGAUGCAAGUCUUCCUUAGAGAAUUAUUUCUGCUUUCUUGUGACAUCUGUUUUCCACCGACAGCCUUGAAUUGGACGAGCCAAAGCUCGACUCUGGCAGAAUAGAUGGCUGACGCUCGGUUUCUGUAAACUGUUUCUAUCAAAGAUACCACAGAAAUAUCUUAGUGUCAUUUUUCCUGGAUGUAGUCAUCUGGGAGAACAAAUUUAUUUAAAAAAACCAACAAACCUGUGAAACUUGAAAAAUACAGAACAAGCAACGGAACAAUGAGACCUCAUACAAGCGUAAGGAUAACCUCAUUGCACAGCUUUUAGCUCCAGGAACUAAUGAUUUUGUGUAUAUUGUGUUGUCAUAAUGCAGCUAUCGCGGUGAUGAAUUGCAAGCAUACUGGAAACGUAGUGAAAUAACUUUAAUCCAGGGAUUUAUUUGAAUAGAUUAGAGGCCAAAAUGUGAUCGAACCAAAGAGAGAUAUCACUUCAUUGGCAGUUUUGGGGAUUUUACCGUUUACUUACGGUACAAAUGGUAACACACUUUCACCAAACUGCCUAAAACGAGGUUUCUAUCAGUAUCUGGAAGCACUUGAAGGAAGUGAACAGUUAAUUGUAAUAUCAGAUAUUGCUGUGCAGUAUUGGGAUUUAAACAGAGACUAGAGUAGCUAUUUUAUUGUUAUUAGCGACUGUUUGAAAUGUGACGGUAGAAAUAAUUCUUCCAAAAGGAGUCAAAGUUCAAAAUUCUGAUGGCUGAUGUUCAAGACUGCUGAAAUACAUUUUCUAACGAACACGAACUUCUCAUUAUGUUCCUGCUGGACAGUAUCAUAGUACUAAACAAAGUGCAGUACCUGCUAGAUCGCAGUUAUCUAUUUUAACAAAACCAUAUUUGUGUUUUUGUGGUCUCUCUGUGAUCGCACACCGACAAUAACGAGGAACGAAGUGGUUCUGUUUUGUGAGUUAGUGCACUUUAAAAACUGCUUUUAUGGUGCAUUAAUGUAAAGAUGCAGUAAAAACUCAGCAUGUUAUUUAUUGAAUGUUUUUUUCUAAUUAUUUAAUAUUUUCCAAACAUGAGGAUGAGUUCUGCUCUCAGUGGCAGGAGAUUUGGUCAAAUUGGAGCCCUCUUGUGGAAAUUGACGGUACUACAACGUGACUUUGAGGCUUUCCUGCAGUCCUACCUCAGUGCAAUAAGAAAUGCGCUGCUGGUCAGUGAGUCUCCACAAAAACUGUUUUGUUUUUAAUCUCAGUGCAGCUAAAACUGUUUUAUUGCACAUUUUGUUUCGCAUUGGGCAAGAAUUUAGUUUCUGAAAAGUGAUUUUUUUUUCUCGAUGCUGUUUGCUGCAGCUUUAGCAAAUCACGGGCACUUCCUUCAUCUUUAUUGUGCUUUACAUAAUGCCUGAUAAAAGCAUAUUUAUAAUGAAUAGUAUUAUUAUUUCCAUAGUUCCCCUCAUUCAAACAGAAACCAUCAGCGUGUCCUGUGAUGGUAAUAAAAUCACUGAUGUAUGGACCUAUAAAUAAAACCAGUAACCGUCUGGGUGCUGACAGGCCCCAUCCUUUGAGACGAAGGCAUUAUGUAAAUGUGUCGAAUCACUCUGAACAUUUCGCUCCAGCACAUUCAUUAUUAUUAUUAUUAUUAUUAUUGCAUAUCGCUUUGUUUGAUUGAGCUGAACUUACUUGCAAGGGAAUCGUUCUGUGUCGAGCCUGCGUUUAGCUGUGUAGCAUCUUUAUUCAUGCUUUUACUUCGUUUUUCUUAUUUCCUCUUUUUUUCUUUCGUUCUGAACCCACGAGGAAAUGUGCAAUAGAUUAAAAAAAGAAGAAGAAAAAAGACAAAAACGCUUCAGCGAAAGGAGGAAGGUCAUAGUGGGCCGGGAGUAGAUGUUCCCAGUCAGGCUGCCGGUCACGAGGCUUUUGCCGUCUUUUCCAGUGUGUCAUGUUUAAGUCUGUUUUCAGAGAGCAGGUGUGCGAGGUCUUGACGUCAGAGCGACGUGAUGAACUAACACGAGGAUGUCUGCUCCCGCGACCUCCGUCAGCUGACCCAUUCUGUAGUGACAUUACAGCCAUCUGGGAUCUUCGUCACAGACGUAGAGUCGCUGGCCCACCAUCAUCAUCGUCGGGGGCCCUCAGCUGUCACGUUUGUGCCUGAAUGGAAUUCUUUGAUUGUUUCUGUGUUGUUGUUUUCUUCCUCCUCUCCCUCUGGACUGUGUCCUCUGCCCACCUGCUUGGAUGCCUCUUUUGACAUUUACCCCCACGGCUGUCAGACCAAGUCGGGCCUUUUCGUCAGCGAUCACCGCGGCGAUGUUGACCUUUGGGACCGCCGGCUGGCAAAGUGACGUCGACGCCAGCGUCUCGGCGGUAAACAAAACACCGGGGAGACGAACGCUCCUUCAGGCCGUUUCAGUUCAAUCCAUCAACUUCCAGGAUAAACACCAAAAAGAGAAAAUCCUGUUUUUCCCCCCACGCUGUCUUUGCAGAGAGAUCGUGCUGUUCGCAGAGGCCGACGCGCAGAGCCCGCUCCUUUUUGGGGGUCGGCUGACUUUGUGUUUAACUCCACGUUUAAAUCAUCGUGGGAAAUUCCCUCAUUUGCUUUGUUGCUGAGAGAUUCGCAGAUUUCUGAAACUCGUUUUCAGUCAAAGCUGGAAGCCAGUUCUGAAACCUUCCUACUGUCACUGCUGACCGCAGAACAGACACGCCCGUCUGUGAGCCGUCUGGUUUCAGCCCGUUGCCUCCGCUCACGUUGGGUUUCUGACUUUUAGACGAAGAAACACAAAAACUGAAAGUGCAAAGAGCUCAAAGCUGACAGCUCCGAAACUCCCACAUCAGCAUUUGUUUGUUGAAGAUGAAAUUUCUCAGCAGGUCACUGGACAAGAAAUAGUUUACAAACCAGUUCUGGUUCAACUGUUUCAUUCAACGAUCCGCUUUCGCCCUCCUCUCUCCGUCGCCGCCGUGCUUUUUCCGCCAUGUGCGUAUGAAAACAGGCACUGCGCAUGCGCGUGUUACCCACGUUCUAUCGCCAUAUUUUCUUAUCGUUGCCCAACGUUAUACCGGUAUUACCGUGAACGGGAUGAUGUGGCCCAGCCCUGUCCCUCACUUCCUGCUUUUCCAGCGUUUCAUCAGUGCUGUCAGUCUCCUUUCACUCUCAGCAGCAAAGUGAAAAUAGUCAGAGUAUAAUACGUUGGAGUUUCGCUCUUUAAUAAUAGCUCGGUUACCGUCCGCUACUUUAUGCCUUUCACCUGCACAGCUCAGCAGGCGUGUCCACGCCAACACGGUUUCCGCGAGUCUUACAGGAAACACUCGAGUUUUCCAUCAUCUUCCCGGAGGUCAGCGGAGCGAGACGGCUCCGCUUGGCCGUCUGAUUCCUCGCUCUCUCUUUUUAUUCUAACAAACGGACAGCGCCUCCCGGGCGUGAAGCGCCUUUCCAGUUUUGUGUUUUUGAUUCACCUCCGUCUCCUUCCUCGACACAGCCGAGCCGCUGAGAUCACAAAGAUGCCCGACAGGGUGGAGUGUGUGUAUGUGCGUGAUGAGAUGGAUCGUUUGCAGGUGUGUUGGAGAAAAGAGAAGUCGGAGGUCAAGGAGGGGUUUGUAGGAUGCAGGCAGACAGACGACGGAUCAGGUAGAGGAGACGAGGCGGCAGGGAGGCGAGAGGAGCUCUGCUUUGAUUGGAGGGAGAUGAACAAUGAUGUCUUCAACAGGAAGCCCGUUUUAUCAAACUCUUUCUAACCUUUCUAGAAACCUCGCACCUAAUGAGCUCCUCUCCUGAGCCGAGCUGUGAAGUCUCAUUACGUCAAACACAGUUUUAAUUGAGCCGCUUGAAGUUUCCAAAGUCUGUGAGAAACGACUUGAUGGUGCAGCAGCUUCUCUCGGCCUCCCCGCCCGUCUCCAGGUGAACUUCAGAACUGGUCCCACCUCUGAUACGAGUUCCUGCUGCUCACAUCUCACGCAGCCCCGAGGGUGAGAGCUGAGCCGGCUGGUGGAAAACAGUUUUUAGAAUAAGACAAAGGCUUCAUGUUUUGCUUUAUUCUCUCGUGUUUUUGUUGAGAAAAUAAUUGAAUGUUGUAAAAGGGGUGAGGCGGGAUUUGAAGGGCUCGCUGGCUUCUAAUGAAACGCCUUCAAGCUGUAAACGAAAGACAUAAAAAAGUUUCAGAAGUCGGCGGCAGGCAGAGCGAUGGUGGAGGAGAUGAAGGCAGGUUGGAUAGGAAAGUUUCAGUAAGUGUGUGGGAGCAGGUGAGGUGCAUGUAAGGGGGGCUUUGUAGGUUUUUAAUUAACGUCUGGUUGCUUGUUAGAGCGUGAGAGCAGAGAUGAGCCGCGGAUGCUGAGGGCUCUUUCUCAAGCAGGUAAAACAGAAGUGCAGAAAAUCAGGCGAUGCAGAUUAUUUAUGUCACUCUGAAAACUUCCUCAUGCAGUCGCAGCCGUUUGAGAUGCCAGCAGGCAUCAGCAGGAGCUCCAGAGGAGGAGGCUGUGUCGAGGAAGGAGGCGCGCCGCUGUGCCUCGGCGGCGCUUUCUUUGUCUCCGUUUGAAUCCCCGUUUCCAGUUAGCACAACAGUGUGUCUUAAUUAACCUCAGCCAGUCUGACAGUAUUUCAGCACUAAUGGCUUCCCAAUAAAGAACGCCGUGGCUUCCUGCGUGGGAGACGGCGCCCAGCGCUGCGGCCGAGGCGAGCUGUCACAAGUGACUGAUGCUGAGUGACAGCUGAAGUAGUAUUUUAAUGGCAAAGGCGGUGCCUGUUUUUCUUUAACUCACCGGUGCAUUUGUAGAGUAGAAUCUGUCCCCACCCUGCUGUGGAAAGCAGUGUGCCAAAACAAAGCGCCCGUGGAGCUCGCGAUCUCGCGAUCUCUUGAUUCUGACAAAAACAGUUUGUUACCAGCACGUCAGCAACAACUACAGGCCUCGAGUUGGACCAAAGGAGGUGCUACUCUUUCCCUCUCUCUUUUCUUUCUGCUUUUAUUGCCAUGUUUUUAAGCAGGUUCAAACUGUAGCGCAUGACUUUAGUCGCCCCCUUCUGGCAGUGAGAGUAACUGCACACUGACAGAAGGAAAAGUUGCAAACGACAAAGAUUUUACUUUGUGCAUAAAGGCUUAAAGGUCCUUUUUGUAACUGCUCUCUUCAACUGUAACUAAAUGUUUCACCACCAGGGGGCAGCAUUUAACAGCGCGCGAGUUGAGAUGUUUCCAGAUGUUUGCUGCUGUUGGCCUCCCACUAGGCCACCAUUGUGUUCCAUACGCUGCACCACCCCGUGGAGGGACACGCCGCCCUCGUUUCCCCCACAUUUCAUUGUGAUUGCUUUCGUUAAUUUUGGAAGGUUUUAAAUUGUAUUUACUCGCAGGAAUUUACAACAAGUACCUUUAAUGAGUGCGCUGUGAAGUCUUGGAUUUAUAACAAAGUCGUGCACUGCAGCUUUAAGCCCUGCAGAGUCCUUGUUUUCAAAAGAUAUGCCAUGAAGAGCCAAAUGCAGCUUUAUUCAAGCCCCCCCCCCCACACACACACACCAAACUAAUGAGAGCAAACACAGUCCAGAUCCCUUCCUGAUUGGAGACCUUCUGCACAUGUGCAUUACUUGUGAAAACAGGACAUUUUCUUAUCUACGGUCUCAUUUUGACGAGUCUUGUUCCUUUUUUUGUAUCUUGUACAUGUUUACAUUGUAUCUCGCAUUGCCCAAAAGAGAAACAAUAUUAAAUGUAUAAUCUUUGUUGUUUUAAA